GCUUCCUUUGCUUCCCAGUACGAUCGAUCAUGGCGGACUCGAACGAGCACGACAAGGAGCUGGUGGGUUGGUUUUAUCCCUCAAAGGAAAUCCAAUCUGAGGCAUAUGUGUCCAGUAUGGAUCAAUACAGAGAGCUGUAUCAAAAAUCCAUUGAGGACCCAGCGGCUUUUUGGGGAGAUAUCGCAAGUGAAUAUUACUGGAAAGUCCCGCCAAACAAAGAGAAGUUCAUGGACUUCAAUUUUGACACCCGUGAGGGAAACGUGUUUGUGAAAUGGAUGGAAGGAGCUGUGACGAAUAUUUCAUACAAUGUGUUAGACAGAAAUGUGGAAAAAGGACUUGGGGAUAAUGUAGCUUUUUACUGGGAAGGAAAUUUUCCUGGAGAUAGUAAGAAGAUUACAUACAAAGAACUUCUUCAAGAAGUAUGCAAGUUUGCUAACGUGUUGAAAGACAAGGGCGUCCAGAAAGGUGACAGAGUAGCAAUUUAUAUGCCAAUGAUAAAUGAGUUGGUUGUUGCCAUGUUGGCUUGUGCAAGAAUUGGAGCUGUUCACUCAAUUGUGUUUGGAGGAUUCUCUGCCGAAUCAUUGGCUGAGCGUAUACUUGAUUCAACUUGUAAAAUUCUUGUCACUGCUGAUGGUUCAUACAGAGGAACCAAGCUUAUUGACCUGAAGGCGAUUUCUGAUGAAGCAAUAGGGAAGUGCAAAGAUCAAGGAUUUACUGUAGAAACUUGUAUUGUUGUUCAGCAUGUGAGUGGUGGCUCCACAAAUAGUCCAGGGACAUCACCAGUUGCCAAGAAACCCUGUCCUCCAAUACAGCCAAAUUUUAACAGUGCUGUUGACUGUUGGUGGCAUGAACUUAUGUCAUGUGCAAGUGACAAGUGUGAGCCAUGUUGGACAGAUGCUGAGGAUCCAUUGUUCAUGCUCUAUACAAGUGGAUCAACUGGCAAGCCAAAAGGUGUCCUUCACACUGUAGGAGGCUACAUGCUUUACACUGCCGCUACCUUCAAAUAUGUAUUCGACUAUCAUCCGGGAGAGGUGUACUGGUGUACGGCAGAUAUCGGGUGGAUCACUGGUCACAGUUACAUCACUUAUGGACCAUUAGCAAAUGGUGCAACAAGUGUGCUGUUUGAGGGCACUCCUUUUUACCCUGAUUCUGGCCGUUUCUGGGAUGUUGUUGACAAGUACAAUGUUUCCAAGUUCUACACAGCUCCAACGGCUAUCAGAGCCCUGAUGAAGUUUGGUAAAGCUGUUGUCCAAAAGUACAAUCGUAAAUCUCUGAAAGUGCUUGGAACUGUUGGGGAGCCUAUAAAUCCUGAAGCGUGGCUUUGGUAUUAUCACACAGUAGGUGAUGAGAGAUGUGUCAUCGUUGAUACGUACUGGCAGACGGAGACGGGAGGACAUGUGAUCACGUCUCUUCCUGGAGCGACACCCAUGAGGCCAGGGGCAGCGUCUUUCCCUUUCUUUGGAGUUGUGCCAGCUAUUGUUGAUGAACAUGGCAAUGAACUUGAAGGAGCCUGUGAGGGAUUUCUGGUGAUGAAACAACCUUGGCCAGGCAUGGCUAGAACAAUCUUUGGGGAUCAUGAGCGAUUUGAACGGGUCUACUUCUCUAAGUUCAAUGGUUACUACACCACAGGAGAUGGAUGUAAACGUGAUAGUAAUGGUUAUUACUGGAUCACUGGGAGAACAGAUGACUGCAUGAAUGUUUCUGGUCACUUGUUGAGUACAGCACAAAUUGAAAGUGCCUUGGUGGAACACGAAGCUGUCACCGAAGCUGCUGUUGUGUCCUGUCCUCACAAAGAAAAAGGGGAAGGGAUCUACUGUUUCACAACACUGAUGGAGGGAGUGGCAUUUGGUGAACAGCUCAUCAAAGAACUGAAACAAAAAGUUCGUACCAAAAUUGGACCUUUUGCAACUCCUGAUGUCAUUCAAAAUUCACCUGGGCUUCCAAAGACUCGUUCUGGCAAGAUCAUGCGCCGAGUUUUGCGGCAGGUUGCAAAGAAUGACAAGAACAUCGGUGAUGUCACAACCAUGGCUGACUCUUCUGUUGUUGACAACUUGUUUGAAAACAGACCUCAUGUGGAUUUUAUACCUGAGUGACAUAAUUCUUUGGGAAACCAUUACCUUUUGACCAUGACAUUGUAACGUAUGGAGAACUGGUCCAAAGAAUACAUCAAGCCCACCAAAAAUUUCUCAGUCUAGUUUUUCACACUGCAUGGUAUUCAAGAGAUAUAGAUUGUAAACGUGUUGGUUAGUAUUCUUUUUGUUUGGGUAAAAUAUUAUAAAAACAAUUGGAUUCAGUUUGAUGCUUUACUGAACAACUUACAAGAUGGUUUGUACAGCAUCCUUUAUUUUCAAGAUGUACCUGUGUCAGGUUAAAUAUUUACAUGUAUCUCUUAGUUAUUUAGCAUGAAAUAGACAUAAGUUUAAUGGAGAUACAAUAAAAUUAUGUAGGGUUAGGGUAUUAAAUUAUACUUUCAUAGAUAUCCAACAUUUGUGCAAUAUAUUUUUUCGUAUAGAAGCAAUCAUUUCUAGUGUUAGGUGCUGCAAUUUGUAGGGGAUUAACAAACAUAAAGAUGGAGAAAACCUUAAGAUUAAACUUAUUAAAUACAUUCAAUAAAGGUUUUGCACAAUAA